GAGUAUUAUUACUCUGAAAAUCUGAGAUCCAAUUAUCCAAAUAGCAAAUGCUGCGAGGUAGUAACUAACAACUACCGACUUGUAAUGAUUUAUUAUAUUUUUAUUCGUGUUAUUCUGUUUGGCUUUGGCGAAUCACGCGUGGCAACUGGCACGUCUUAUCUACCAGCCGACGACUCAUGAAAUGAGUAUUGGCCUCUGUAAUCCUUGUAUUCGAUUUUGUCAUGAAUUUACUGACAUUUAACUAUGUCUCCGUCCUAUCGGUUUUUGAUCUAAAAAUGUCACUUACACUUUACAUCAUAGUAACAUGCAUAAAGUUACUAUGUCUACCUUGUUUGUAAGUGUCAAUUAAAUCUCUUAUUCAGUCUAUUAUAUUAAAAUAAUUUUGAUUAAUUUUUUUCAUAAUUUAAGAUGUUUAUUUUUUAUUGAUAUUUAUAGUUUUUCGACUGAUUUCGAGGUGCACCGCAACUGGCUGGCAACGACCUAUAGUCUUCCCCUAGAACAAUGGUAUUCGGCCACACAUUCGCCGUGGACACUCGACUAUCCACCACUGUUUGCAUGGUUUGAAUAUUUCCUAGCCCAAAUCGCGUUCUAUGUCGAUGUUGACAUGUUAUCAAUAAAAAAUCUAAACUAUGAAUCCGUUGCCACAGUUCAUUUUCAACGACUGAGUGUAAUUGUUACCGACUUUGUUUUCUAUUAUGGAUCUCGACAGUUAGUAUAUUUUAUUUUGAUUAAUUUCCAACCGGGAUGUAAAUAUUAUAUUGUGUUCAUUAAUAUAUUAUUCUGUUAUACACAAAAAAAACACUGCCAAAUAAUCUAAAAUACUAAGUGUUAAACUAGCAUUGUCACAUUAAUUUUUAAUUAACUUAUUAACCAUUUUUUACUUUUGAUAUCAGUUUUACCAUGUUAAUUGAAAAAAAAAAUAAUUUUAAUUAAUUCCAACUAAAUCAUAAAAGUAUCAAAUUUUACAGUAAAAUUAUUAUUUAAUACUAAUAAGGAUAAAUAACUUUGUUUCAAAAUGAAAUUGUAUUUAAAACUGUUAUCUAAAAGAAUACAUUAAGGAUGUUUAUAUUGUUUUUUAAUAAUUUGUUUGAAUUAAUUGAAUCUUAAGCAUUUACCACGUUAUAAAUUGUCAGAAUAUAGACCACUUUGAGAUAAUGUAAAAUAAUAACUAUCCUCUUAAAUAAAUAUUAAACGUAAUUUUCAAAUUAAAUUUUAAACCAUUUUUAAUAAUUAAAAUAUGAAAUUUAAUAAAUUUAUUAGCUUUGGAAAGUUAAAUAAGUUAAUUACAUACAAUUUUAUUGGAAAAUAUAUACAAUUUAAUAAUAAUAAUUAUUAGUUAUUACUAUUUUUAUUUUUGCCAUAUGAUUUAUUUGUAAAUUUUGAGAGUUUAUGUAAGAUUAAUAUGUUCUUUAGAUGUGCUCAGGCUUUGGUAGUAUUAGGGAUGUCUCCAAAGACUAGGAAAAAAAACCCUAAUUUGGAAGACUAUGAAAUCAAUGUUUUUAUGAUUGAAAUACUAUUAGUAUUUAAUAUAAUGCUAAUGAUUAUUGACCAUAUCCACUUUCAGUACAAUGGAUUUCUUUUUGGUAUCCUUCUUGUAUCAAUAGCUCACAUUUUAAAGGUAAGAAUAUUCAUUUUUAAUCAAAAUUCAGUUUUAAAUGUAUAUUUCUUUUUUAGGGUCAAAGUUAUCGAGGUGCCUUUUGGUUUAUAGUUUUAUUGAAUUUUAAACAUAUUUAUUUAUAUUUAGCACCGGUUUAUUUUAUAUACUUACUAAAACACUUUUGUUUUGGGCAAAAUUUAAAAACGACAUUAAAACGAUUGAUAAAUCUAGGAAUAAUUGUUCUUGGUGUAACUAGUAUCUCAUUUGGACCUUUUGUGGUUAAAGGUCAAAUUACACAGGUAAUGUAAAUUACAAUAUUAAUUAUAAUUUCUAUUUAUUUUAUUUUAUUGUUUUUUAGGUUUUAAAACAGCUAUUUCCAUUCAAACGGGGUCUAUCGCAUGCAUAUUGGGCACCUAAUUUUUGGGCCAUGUAUAACACAGCUGAUAUUGGCGCUAAAUUUAUAUGUAAAUUUAACUUAAUUUAUGUGUGGUCAAUUUAACAUGCUACAUUUACAUCUUAUCAAUUUUUGUUUGUUUUUUAUAUACAUAUAAAUUAAAUUCAGAAACCGCCAUUUUAAAAUCUUAAAUGAAGUAUGUUAAAUGGAUCAAUCUAUGUAUACAAAUUAUACUACAACAAUUUAUCACCAUAAAAGUGGUGGAAAUAAUGUAAAAAUCAAUAUUUGACCAUUUAAUAUAGUGAAGCUUUGAGGACUAAGGUAUACCAUCAAAUUUGUAAAACCUUUUUGAAAUUAAAGAAGCAAAUUUAAAUUUGUAAGAUACUAUUAUAUAUUAUUUAACAAUAUAUUGUGUAUACUAAUAAGUCACCUAGUAUAAUUCGUUUUUAUUUAUUUAUUGGUAUAAAUUAUAAACUAAUUCUCUGUGUAUUUUCAGAUAAAAAAUUAGAUUUGAUCAACAAUGACAAUUCGACUUCAAUGACUAGAGGAUUAGUUCAAGAAUAUGAUCACUAUAUUUUGCCAUCCAUUACUCCACAAAUUACUUUUACCUUAACAGCCAUGUUUCUGUUGGUGAGUUUUAUACUAUUACUUUUUAUUAGUAUUAUUAUUUGAUUAAGUUUUUUUAUUGUGUAAUAUUAAAAAUAAUAAUUAAUGCUAAUAAUAGUUACAGAACUUUUAAGAACGGAAAUUGUUAAUCCAAUUCAAAUUUUAAGUUCUAAUAACUAAAAAAGUAUAGAAAUAGUUUCAAAAUUACAUAAUUUACAUUUCAUGUAAUUGUCUUUAUAUCAUUUGGUUUUAAUAAAUAUUUGUUAAAAUUAUAUUUUGAUAUUUAUGGUUAUAAAUGUCCAGAGUAUUUUGUAUUUUUUAAAUUAUACUUGCACAUAAAUUACAUUUGUAUGUAUAUUUUAUAUCAUAUUAGAUAUACAUAAUUCAUUCAAUAGUUUUAAUUUACUUAAUAUUGAUAUUUUUAUUUUUAGCCAUGUUUAUAUAAAAUGUGGAUAUCCCAAAAGAGUGCAAUUGGUUUUGUCCGAUGCAUUGUUAUAUGCGGCUUAACUUCAUUUAUGUUUGGUUGGCAUGUUCACGAAAAAGCACUACUUAUAGUAAUUAUACCAUUGACGUAAGUUAUUAAGUUUUAAUUUGAAUAUUAUAACAAUGAGUAAUUAAUAAAGUAUAAACUUAUAACUUAUUUUUAUAAUUUGCAGAUUAUUAAUAAAUACUACCACAAAUGAUUGUUCUGUGUUUACAAUGCUAUCAACUAUUGGUGUAUAUUCUUGUUUUCCAUUGUUGUUUAGGCCAUCUCAAUUUAUCACCAAGUUACUUUUAUUUUGUAUUAAUGUUUAUUUUUUGUAUGUUACUGGUAAAUUUAAGCAACUAAAGUUUAUAGAAAAUAUGUAUUUAAUGUCUCUCUGGCCAUUGAUGUUGUCAACUGAAAUAGUAUGGGGAAUUUUUCAGUUGGAUAAGAUGUAUCCAUUUUUACCAUUGAUGCUUACAUCAUUCCAUAACAGUAUAGGUGUAUUUUAUUGUUGGUUAAAGUUCUAUGUACACUAUACUUUUAAUUAAUAUUAUUGUCUAUACAUAAUUAUUAUUCAUUACUACCUUAUGUAUAAGAGUAAACAUAUACUUAAUUGAUAAAUCUAUAGGUAUAUUUUAUGAAAAUAUGUUGGUGUUAUUUUGAUAUUUAAAUGUUAUUGUAGCCUAG